UAGAGUAAGUCGGCCGAAGCUGAGCAACUUGGUAUUAAAUAUUCCAUAUGAAAAAUUCUCUACUCCAGCCAGACGUGAUGCGGAGGUUUCCAGAGGUCGCUGGCAGAGAUUCCGCACAGCCACAGCCACAGCAGCAGCAGCCUCAGUUGUGAUCAGGUAGUGAGGGAGGACGGACGUUGGCCGCUCCUCCGGGCACAUGUGAGUCUCUCGUACGAUUGUUUCCUUUAUGUAUUCUAGUGUCCAUGCUUGUCGGGUGUGUUAAUAACGAGUCCCUCCGUUACUCUUUCGGUGCGUGAGUGGCGGGCAGUGAAUUUAGUGCUGUUUAUUAGCCAGUGAUCAGUAACACAUGCGUGACAGUACUUUGGCGACCCUCGUGGAGUGCAGGUUCCACUAGGAGUUGAAGUCACUCCCCUGGGAUUAUGGAAAAGGUGGCGGAAACGCUGACGGAGGGAGACUCCAAGAAGGUCAAGUCCCCCUCCAGCUACCUAACGACAAGUACCCCUCGUAGUGGCGGCGUGCCGUGGGUAGCAGCCUUCGUCGUCUUCAGCUUGUCUCCGGUGCUUCCUGGGCUGGAGGCACCUCGACCUCGAGUGGAGGGUGGGUCGUCUGGAGGGCGAGCUGGAGGCUCGCCUCCAGCACAAACUCCAACAGCUGGGCCUUCAUGUGGCCCCGCCCCCGCCCACCCACAACCGAGUAGCCAGGGACGUCUCUGCGGAGGGCUGCAUGUGUCCACCAGGCGCUAAAGGAGAACCGGGUUCCAGAGGAAGAAGAGGCAAGAAAGGGAAAGAUGGUGAAGCUGGUCCCAUGGGUCCCAGUGGUCCACCUGGCAAAAACGGAUUUCCGGGACCCAUCGGCUUGGAUGGUCCUAAAGGAGAACCGGGUGAGCAGGGACCCCCAGGACCCUCGGGGGAGAAGGGAGGCAAGGGCGAACCUGGCAGCGGCUACGAUAUACUUUCCAAAGCUAAGGGGAUUAAAAGGUCUAUAACAAGCUUGGAAGGUGGCACCUUAGGUUAUGCAGAAAUCAUCGCUAUUAAGGGAACUCCAGGAGGAGCCUGGGAUUACAUAGACUCUGAUAGAAUAUUAGCUAUUAAAGGAGAUCCAGGGAGUCCAGGGCCUCCUGGUCCUGCUGGGCUCAGUGGCAAGGAUGGACUGCCUGGCAUGGAUGGCAGAGAUGGGUACCCAGGGGAACCUGGACCCCCUGGUGAGACAGGCCCACCUGGUGCUGUUGGACCACCAGGACCCCAGGGUCCACCUGGCCCACCAGGACCACAAGGGGAGAGAGGUUUUCGGGGAAUGGCUGGAAUUCCUGGUAUGGACGGCUUACCUGGACCAAUUGGACCGCAUGGUUCACCUGGUCUGGAGGGCAGGAACGGAAGUAGUGGACCUCCAGGACUGCCAGGUGAAAAAGGGCAGAAAGGUGACCGCGGUAUCACUACCGUCAACGGAAAGGAAAUUCCUGCUGGUAUUCUUGAAGGACCCCCAGGUCAGCCUGGUCCUUCAGGGCCUCCUGGGGCCCCAGGGGAACAAGGACCAGAAGGUCCAAUGGGCCCUCCUGGGUUGGACGGGGAAGAGGGGGCUCGAGGACCUCGGGGCAGGAGGGGAAAACGGGGCAAGAGGGGACGACGAGGUGAGUCUGGGAGAGCAGCAGCACAGGGACUGCCAGGAAGAGCAGGGCCCAAGGGAGAACCAGGAACCAUUGGUCCAGCAGGAGAGAAAGGAGAGAAAGGAUCAACGGGUAUCCAAGGCCCCAAGGGAGAGAUUGGGCCUCGGGGUCCAGCAGGUGUAGAUGGACUUCAUGGUGAGUCUGGACCUCAGGGACCACCUGGGCUGCCUGGAGCGUUAGGCCCUAAGGGUGAGAAGGGUGAAUAUGGUGACAUUGGCCCACCAGGUUUGAUGGGACCACCAGGCUUACCAGGACCCCCAGGUUUGCCUGGACUCAAAGGAGACAAAGGUGACAAAGGAGACUCGAAACUGAAAAAACUCAGAAGAAGACAGGGUGACUCAAGGAUAUGGAAGGAGGUCCCUGGAGAAGUGAUUAUGGGCCCACCAGGACCUCCAGGACCACCAGGAUCACCAGGGCUGCAAGGACCUCCGGGCAUCAAGGGUGCUAUGGGUCUAGAUGGUGCAAAGGGUGAUGCGGGUGGAAAGGGCGACAAAGGUGACCCUGGUCCUAUGGGCUUACCAGGUCCGAUGGGACUCAGGGGAGAGCCAGGCCGCGCUGGAGAAAGUGGCAAACCUGGUCCAGCGGGAGUUCCAGGUCUUGAUGGCAUGAAGGGUGCUCGAGGUGAAAUUGGCAGAAAGGGUGAGCGCGGUGACCCCGGCUUACCUGGGACGGACGGGAUUCCAGGGGUUGAGGGUCCAAAAGGAGAAAAAGGAAUGAAAGGGGAAAGGGGUCGACGAGGAAGACGUGGAAAAAAUGGGCCUAAGGGUGAAAUGGGCGUGCCAGGGCUGGAUGCUCCAUGCCCUACAGGGCCUGAUGGACUUCCUCUACCAGGCUGUGGAUGGCGACCUGGACAGGGUAAGAAUAUUAUGCGACCCAUGAGUGUGGGGAUUGGCAUUGGAGUGACCCCCAUUGAUGUGUUCCCCCUUGAAUCACCCAUCACACCUUCAACCACUCCACCUAAUGAGGACUAUGAGGAGGACUAUGAUGAUGAUGAGGCAGAGGACUCUUUGAAAUGAGAUCCUUCACUAACUCACUAACACUCCAUCUGUUCUGAGUGAGUGGUCAUAGUUAUGAAGAGAUAUUUAACCAUCACUAACCUGGGGUUGACUGGUAUGGUGCAGCAGCAGCAGUGUUCACUACAGCAGAGCCAUGAGCACUCUUCUUCCCCCCCCUCCCCUCCCUUCUUAAUCCUAGAAAAC